GGGCUCUCAGUGGUGCGGCCGGCUGGCGGCGAUGGCGGCCGUACGGGGCCUGCGAGUGUCGGUGAAGGCGGAGGCCCCGGCGGCGCCGGCCUUGGGGCUCCCGUCGCCUGAGGCGGAGUCCGGUUUGGAGCGUGGCGAGCCGGAGCCCAUGGAGGUGGAGGAGGGCGAGCUGGAGAUCGUGCCGGUGCGGCGCUCGCUGAAGGAACUGAUCCCGGACACAAGCAGAAGAUAUGAAAACAAGGCUGGCAGCUUCAUCACUGGAAUCGAUGUCACCUCCAAGGAAGCAAUUGAAAAGAAAGAACAGCGAGCCAAGCGCUUCCAUUUUCGAUCAGAAGUAAAUCUUGCCCAAAGAAAUGUAGCCUUGGACCGAGACAUGAUGAAGAAAGCAAUCCCCAAAGUGAGACUGGAGACAAUCUACAUUUGUGGAGUAGAUGAGAUGAGUACCCAGGAUAUCUUUUCCUAUUUUAAAGAAUAUCCUCCAGCUCACAUUGAAUGGUUGGAUGAUACCUCCUGUAAUGUGGUUUGGCUGGAUGAAAUGACAGCCACACGAGCCCUUAUCAAUAUGAGCUCUCUGCCCGCCCUGGAUAAGAUAAGAAGCAGGGAUGCCAAUGAGGACAAGUCAUCUGAGAAAAGUAAAAAAGACAAGCAGGAAGACAGUUCAGAUGAUGAUGAGGCUGAAGAAGGAGAAGUUGAAGAUGAGAACUCAAGUGAUGUAGAGUUGGACACGUUGUCUCAGGUAGAGGAAGAAUCUUUGCUAAGAAACGAUCUCCGUCCAGCUAACAAACUCGCCAAAGGAAAUAGGUUGUUCAUGAGAUUUGCUACGAAAGAUGACAAAAAGGAACUUGGAGCAGCCAGAAGAAGUCAGUAUUACAUGAAAUAUGGGAAUCCAAAUUAUGGAGGCAUGAAAGGAAUUCUUAGUAAUUCUUGGAAGCGAAGAUAUCAUUCCCGUCGCAUUCAGCGGGAUGUGAUCAAGAAGAGAGCCCUGAUUGGGGAUGACGUUGGCUUGACGUCCUAUAAACACCGACAUUCCGGUAGUUGCCUGCUCAGCUCUUGGGAAAGACUAGUGAAUGUUCCUGAGGAACCUAUAGAAGAGGAGGAAGAGGAAGAGGAGGAGGAGGAGGACCAGGACAUGGAUGCAGAUGACAGGGUGGUGGUAGAGUACCAUGAGGAACUCCCCGCUCUCAAGCAGACCCGGGAGCGGAGCACGUCUAGGCGAUCCAGUGCCAGCAGCUCAGACUCUGAUGAGAUGGACUAUGAUCUAGAACUGAAAAUGAUUUCCACUCCUUCACCAAAGAAGAGCAUGAAAAUGACUAUGUAUGCUGAUGAAGUGGAAUCUCAGUUGAAAAAUAUUAGAAACUCUAUGAGGGCAGAUACUAUAUCCACAAGCAAUAUCAAAAACCGAAUUGGUAACAAAUUGCUGCCUGAGAAAUUUGCAGAUGUCCGACAUUUGUUAGAUGAAAAACGUCAGCACACACGUCCGCGGCCACCAGGCAGCAGUGCUAAAUCAGAUAUACGCCAGCGAUUAGGAAAAAGACCAUAUUCUCCGGAAAAGGCUUUUAGUAGUAACCCUGUUGUUCGGAGAGAGCCCUUUUCUGAUGUACAUAGUAGGCUAGGUGUUCCCAGGCAAGACAUUAAAGGCCUCUACUCUGAUACUCGGGAGAAGAAAUCAGGUAGUUUAUGGACUCGCUUAGGAUCUGCACCCAAGACCAAAGAAAAGAACAUGAAGAAAGUGGAUCCCAGGGUGCCUGGCACUGAGGAAGAUGACUCUGAGCUGCAAAGGGCAUGGGGGGCUCUGAUUAAGGAGAAAGAACAGUCUCGCCAAAAGAAGAGCCGCUGUUACCAGCACCCUUUUCCCAAGAAAAGUCAAUUCCCAGGUGCUUAUUGGACAGCCUUCGAGGGGGAAGAUGAGGGAAGCUGCCAGCUCACCCUUCCAGGACCCUAGUGUGGGGGCCGACUCUCAUGGACCUGACCGCAGAGGUGCACCAGUGCUGCCCAGGUAGAUAAGAGAUGCAGCGUCGAUCGUGCUUCUGGUCCUCCCUGGGGAUUUCUGUUAGGGGCCUCUUGUUAGUGAUCAGCAUGAAGUGAAGAUCAAGUUCAGUGCUGUGGGAUUUUUAGGAACAAUAAACUGUGACUUCUGGAUUUGGGGUGGAUUUUUGUGCUAGGGGCAGGGUCAUGGGUUAAUGUUAAACAAUUUUUAAGUCUGUAUUAUGUUUAAAAAAUAUUAAUGAUUUAAAAGUUUAAAUUUUUAAUUUUUAUAUGUGAAAAUACUUCCUGUUGGCUACAAGGGAAGCUCAAGUGGUGUCUUCUUAUGUGCUGUUAAAUAUAUAUUAUAUACUUUGGAAGAAGGCAAAGAGAGGAGUCUCAUUAUUUUUAAAUGACCCUAAUUGUGUAAUUUGUCUGUUGUACAUAGAGUUCAACUUGCUUUUUGGCCACUGUAGGAAAAAAUCCAUCUGUCUGAGAUGGGGUUAUGUUUAUUAUCACUUUAGAAGUGAUACAUUGAUAUUUAUUCUUUCUGUCUCCAAGUUCUAGCACCUGAAGACAUCCUCAAAACUGGCAAAUAAGAUAAUAGUUUAGAAAUUGUAGUUCAUUUAUUUCUAAACUCUCUUCAGAUUAUUUUACCAUGAAAAGGUGGUAGAUCAUUUUGUCUUCCUGUCUGAUUUUUAUUUUGAAGUAUUUAAUGUUUGUAUUCCUCUGCAGGCUUAAAAAUAGUGUUUCACUUGAAUUCACUAGAACUUAGGCAUUAGAGAGAGUAAACAUUUGCCCCUAUUGUGAUGUCACAGAUCCUCACCUGUCUGGAGUGUUUCCAUACCCAAUGCAUCCUUGGAUUCUAGAGAUCUUUACUUGUGGCUGAGCUAAUGGUCACAUUGAUGCUGAUUACACUGUGGUGCGAUUAAACGCAGGACACUGUUGUUAAUAAAGGAAGUAAAGGGCUGCGAGACUUGAGAGCUGCAAUAAAAACUGUAUUGUCCAUACUUUAUUGGUUAACCUGCUGGUUUCCCUCCCUUUAGAGAGAUUAGAACAUAUAAUUGUAUGUUUCAGCUUCCUAAUAGGAUUCUAGGGAAGGGAUGGCUCUGGUUUCUCUGCCACUUCAGACGUAAGGUUUCUGAGGGUUCUUAGCUCUUCUUGCUUUGUGAAGCAUGCACCUGAGACCCAGGUUCUUGAGGAGGGUCAGGGUUUGGGAGUUGGUAGAGUGAGAAGUACAGGGGCCUGACAGUCAGGGAUCUGGAUGCCAACUCCUGGCUCUGCUCCAUGAGCCUGGGCCUCAGUUUCCUUAUCUAGUAAAUGAAUGGGCUGGAACCAGAGCUUCUGGCUUUGUUGGUGUAUCUUAGUGGUGUUUUACUCUUCCCCAAGCUAUGGCUGCAGUGGGCUGGCAAGCCCUAAUUUCUGUUGCAGGCCUGGGGUUGGAGAUGUGUCAAGGAGACACUGAGGGUGUGCACAAGGUUAUGGACAGAGACUUAGCCCCAUCCCAUUUCUGUGAUAGUCUGUAGGUCUACUAGUGGGACAGAGAUGUCCUUGUGGUCAGGGUCUCAACUGACAUGGUCUCUGAGUGUUCAGAAAAUGCCCCUUCUUAGAUUUUCCUUUGUUUUUCCCGGUUGUGACCCUUUCCCACCAGUAGUGCAGGCCCUUUUUCCCCAUGGCCUUUCAGCUCUUACCAGUCUCCUGCUAGAGAUCGGGGUAGACUUUCUGGAAGGGUGGUGGUGUGUAGUCAAAACUGGGUCUUUGAUCUAACCAAGAAAAGUGCCCACUUCAGCAGCCUUGCAGUUCCCACAAACACACAGAACCCAGAAAAGUAUCUUUAAAGAUUUUAAGUGUAUUUCCCAAAGCUGUUGGCCUUCUCCUCUCUCGCUCUCCAGCCUACACUCAGAUCUUGCAACAUCUCAUGGGUGCCCUGAAUGCCCAGGCCUUUUCUUUGGAGUUUGGGAGCGAAGACAGACAGCUGGGACAGUCCCCUGGUGGGCAGCUCAGCGUGCUUCUAUCGUGGGCAUUCCUCAUGUAUGUGGGCAGCAGGCUACACACUUUUCUGUAUUCGUCUUGGUCUUUACACAUAUGAGAUUUUAAAUGUGUUUCUUGCUGCUUGAUGAUAAUUGCAGAUACCUCAUUUCAGUUUCCCACUUGGAGAAACUGAAACCUCUUGGAGAGGUACCAGCUACCCAGGAGAACUUGUGGAGCCCACCACAAAAUGUAAACUCUCCUCCCCUGGCCUCCUCUCGCCUGAUCCCAUGAAUCCCUCCCCUUAGAUGAACACUCUCUUCUCCCAGUCCAUCCCUUUAGCAGCCUCUUCCCUGGUCUCUGCCCCAUCUCUCCCUCUCCGUUCUGUGCACUGCAGCUGGCAUGAACUUUUGUUGCUAGCAGCUUUACUGAGAUAUAAUUUACACUGCAUACAGUUCACCCAUUUGAAGUGUAUACUUCAGUGGCAUUUAGUAUAUUCACAGAGUUGUGCAACUACCACCAUAAUCAAUUUUAGAACAUUUUCAAACACCAAAAAGAAACCUUGUACCUAUUAGCAGUCACUCCCCGUUCCCUCUUCCCCCGGCAACCACUAACUACUUUCUGUCUAUGGAUUUGCCUAUUCUAAACUUUUCAUAUAAAUGCAGUCGUACACUCUGGGGCUAUUUGUGACUGGCUUCUUUCACUAAACAUGUUUUUGAGGUUCAUCCAUGUUGUAGCAUAUAUCAAUACUUCAUUUUUUUCAU